AUGAAGUUUAGGGCAGUAAUUACCGAUGGCCUAGCUAUGCGAGAUUUCAUGAAUAUUUCUUUAAGUCUAUCUAAAUUCUCUAAAGAAUGCAUAAUGAGGAUAACAACAAGAAAAGUAUAUUAUAUAAUAUCUGAAGAGGAAUCAGGACCUCGACGACCUUUGGUGUGGUGUGAAUUACCUGUAAAUUUUUAUUUCAAAGAGUAUAAUGUUGUUGGUGUUAAUGACCAAUAUAAUGAAAUUUACUUAGAGUUUUCAACAGGUUUGUUGGCUCGUUCUCUUUCAAUUUUAAAGCAAAUAGUUAAAACACUCAAAAUCAAGCUAACAAAUAAACAAUCUCCAUGUCUUACCUUGGAAAUGGAUUUGGUCGCUGAAGAAAUUUCCAGCCAACUUGUUCAUGACAUACCAGUAGAAGUGAUUUCAAGAAAACAUUGGAGUGAUUAUGAGGAACCCAGGUUUAAUGAUUUUCAUGUUUCUAUACAAAUGCCAAAUUUAAAAGCACUUAAAAACAUAGUAGAGAGGAUGAGAAACAUGAGUCAUAGCCUUAUUGUUAGUGCUAAUAAAAAUGGUAGGCUAACAUUCCAAAUUAAGACCAAUGUAGUUAAUGUUGCAGCCCAUUUUACAGAUUUAAGUGUUCAGAGCUUUGCAGUUGGCCAAAUUCCUGCUACCACAGAUGACGAUGAAGAAGAUCUCAAUUUAAUUUCUUCAACCAUUGAAAUAAAAAAGUUUUUAAUGUUUCUCACUGGAUUACAAAUAAGCAAUUGUAGAACACUAUGUAGUAUAGUCCAUGGAAAAAUGGUAAAAUUGUAUAUGGAACAGCCAGGAGCUUUAUCAAUACAAGUAUUUUUGACUGAAUUAGCAGCUUAA